GUACGGCGCCGCAUCUUGGUGGUUGAACCAAUAUAAAAGUCGGUGGUGUGCCUCCUGAGUAUCAGUCGUGUGUGAUCGUUCCAACGAAGCAAACCUUAUUCAAACGCAAUGUUCGCUAAAGCCGCAGUUAUCCUCUCGGUAGUGGCAGUGGCAGCCGCCGGGCUCCUGGCGGGGCACGGCUAUGCCGGCGAGAGCUACGGCCACGAGGCUGUCGCGUACGCGCCCGUACAACACGUCGCCUAUGAAGCCCACGACCAACACGUGGACUAUCAUGCCCAUCCUAAAUACGACUAUUCAUACUCCGUAUCGGACCCCCACACCGGCGACCACAAGACCCAGCACGAGGCGCGCGACGGUGACGUCGUUAAGGGCGAAUACUCCCUCCUCCAGCCUGAUGGCUCCUUCCGCAAGGUCACGUACACCGCUGAUGACCACAAUGGCUUCAACGCGAUAGUCCACAACACCGCGCCCGUGCACCCUGAGUACCACCACUAGGGUGGUAGACUGGCCGGAAGGCAGAGCUCCUAUGUGAUAUUACGUGUACCUUAUACUUUAGAUAGUCUUUAGUUGACAACGAACUUUAUGUUUUAAGACUGCGGCGAAUAAACUUUACAAAACUUA